AUGGGGGACUCAUGCCUGGAGCAGCUGCAGCUUCUUGGCCAGAAUGCUGGUGCCUGGUGGUCACAUGAUUCUUUCAGCUACUGGGUUGAUGAGAAAUCUCCUGUGGGACCAGACCAAGCCACAGCCAUCAAACGUUUGGCCAGAAUUUCUUUGGUUAAAAAGAUCAUGAAGAAAUGGUCAGUGACACAAAAUCUGACUUUCAAAGAGCAGUUGGAAGGUGGGAUCCGCUACUUUGAUCUUCGUGUAUCUUCCAAACCUGGGGAAACAGGACAAGAGAUUUAUUUCAUACACGGCUUGUUUGGCAUCAAAGUAUGGGACGGGCUGAAGGAGAUUAACACCUUCCUUGAGCAGCACCCCAAGGAAGUAAUCUUCUUGGAUUUCAAUCACUUCUACGCCAUGGAUGACAGCCAUCACUUCUUCUUGAUCAACAAGAUCCGCUCAGUGUUUGGAUCCAAACUUUGUUCUGUUGACUGUGUAGAAUAUGUGACUCUACAGUACAUGUGGGAGAAGAAAGACAAGGUUCUCAUAUUCUACCACUACCCUCUGUUUCGGGAAUACCCCUUCCUGUGGCCAGGGAAUAAAAUACCGGCGCCAUGGGCUAAUACAACCAAUGUACACAAACUGUUACAGUUCCUGGAGACCACUCUUGAGGAACGAAGUCGUUAUGGGACUUUCCAUGUUUCUCAAGCUAUUCUCACACCUCGAGUGAAAACUAUUGCACGGCAUUUAGUUCGUGGUCUAAAGAACACACUUGUUCAUAGGAACCUGCCCAUGAUUUUGAAUUGGGUGAAAGCACAGAAGCCAGGUGUUAUGGGUGUUAACAUAAUUACAUCAGACUUUGUGGAGCUGGUUGACUUUGCUGCUACAGUUAUUGCAUUAAAUGACCUCCUUUUAGAAGAGGAUGAAUCUGCAACUAAUUCCUGAUUGCUGUGUCCCACUUGUGCUCCUCAGUGGAUGUCUUCGAACUACACUAAAUGUUGUAUUUAUUGAGCAAAAUCUAUUGUAAUCUCUAUUUAUUUAAAGAAAAAAAUUUCUAGCGGAAACGUGGUUAAACAUCACGUAGAGGUGGGUCCUUUCUUCUGAUCCGAGUGGAUCCGAGUGGAACAAAGUGCUGUGUCUGAGCGCUCCUGCGUCUGUGGCUACGUGUCUGACCGAGUUACGCACGCAUCUGCUGCAGUCGGCGCGGUGCCUGCCUGCCAACAAGAGGCUGGCCUCCGGAGCAGAUGUACCCGAUGACGGUGCGUGUCUCCCUGGUGACUGGGCUCACCGUCCCCUUGUGUGUGCAUCCUGCGUAUUUCUCAACACCAGGCCUCAAACCAAGGAUCGCUGCUGAUCCCUUAGCAGCAGUGUGACCAGGCCGGCCGAGAUGGUAUUGUUCUUGGGCCACCUCAGGCGUAGCUGGGCUCAGCUGGAGACUGCUGCUGUAUUCAUUACGCUGUUUUAGACACUACCUCUGACUUAACUUGAAGAAACAAUACUGCUGUUGUUCAGGGGAAGCUGCUACACUGCAGUGAAUAUCUGAACUGUCCUUUGGGCCAGAGAGGUGAAGGCUUGGGCAGUUCUGCCUCUUCGGACUCCAAACUCUCCUUCUGGACCUCUUUGUUUUACUUUAAUACAUUUAUUGCAACCAUGUUUAAGUGUGUUUCUUUUGGCAUUAAUUUGGAGAAUGUUUCAGUCUUCAAGUUAUGAGUCUUAUAACUCACAAAUCUGAAUUCCUGUUGAGACAUUUGAGAAACACAGAGCAACCUUUCAUUUGCUGGUCACUAGUUUUUUUUUUUUUUUCCGUCCAUCAAGUUUUCUUUGGGGAAAGCAUCUCGCCCAGACAGUGUUUCUCUGGAAGGAGGUGUGCUAAGUGGGAGUUUGCUUGAUAUUCAAAGAACUGGAGCUGACAGGGACUGCUCAAAACCCAAAUACUGAAUCCCUGUCACUUGCAAUGUGAUGGUGUAUUCUGAAACUGGACCCAAAAGUUGUGCUUGUAGUCAGAACCACAUCUAUGAGGGAGAAAUUUCCCCAGCCUGCACCCGCUUGUGACAAAGUAAGCAAUAGUCACACAAGCACAGGCAGGCAUUGGUGCUGCUUCUUUCUGUAGUCAUACUCAUUUUUGUGUUGAUUCACAAGAAAAUGUGACUAUGUGCUUGAGCCAAUGCAGUCACAUGUUGGUACUUAUCAGCACUUAAUUGACUAACUUGAUAGCAGUCCUGUGGUCUGAUUUAUCUUUGGUUAAAAAAAAAACCAAAAAAGAACAAAACAAAAAAAACACAAAAUUGACUGAUUAGCAGAUACUUUUCUGCUCAAUCAUCUUCCUAAAGCAACUGUUGGUGCACAAAUUAUUUAGUGAUUAUGAAUUUGUAUUAGUCUCUAAGCUAUUUAUAACGGAAUGGAUCAUCUUUAUAGAUAUUUUAUUCUAAACAAAAGUGAAUCUCCCUAUUUAUUAUUUAUUUUGUUAUCAUAUCUUGUCUGCUAUCAUGGUCUGAUAGCCUAGACAAAUCUAAAACCUCUGUGCUUGCUUGUCACAAACUCUGAACUCAGGACAAGUUUAUCUAAAGGUUUGCAAAUCUUCCAUGUGAACCUUAGCCGAGUUCUGAGCCGACUGUAAUCUGAUUUAUCUGUUGCAUGGUUUUCAUUAGAGUUCCUUGAAUUUUUUUGACUGAAUCCUUUUUCUAAGGGAGUUGGGGGGGGUGUUUCUGUGUCUCAAGCUGUCUCCUUUCCUCUUGUGUUUCAGUGACAGGGGCAAGUCACAAAAAUCAUUUUUUGGGAGCUAAAGCUCUAUUUUAUAGUUUAAAACUUCCUUUGAAAACCCCAGCAGAAGGUUUUUAUUAUUUUUGGGUUUUUUUCUUGUUGAUGAAACUGUUGGAACCUGUUUUGAACAGCACUAUUUUGUUUGCAAAGUUAUUUAAAAUACCUGGAUUUUCCUUAGCUGAAUUUUGUCUUAACCUACUUUUCCCAUGGCCCCAGCAGAAACUCCACGAUAGCGUUAAAUGUAUGGGUUUGGUUUCAGUGGUCUUUUAGCUGCAAAUUGUCUUAGAGCUCAGAACUUGGAAAAACUUGGUUUGAAUGCUGAUGAGGCAGAAAUAAUAUGUUUGCAAGGCUUCCUGCAGAACUGGAGGACAAAGCAAGAAGGUGAAGUGAGUAUGAUGUUUGUGUUUGACUCUUGACAUAUUUUGUACUGUAUAUAUCUACCUCAGAAGAGAUUUAUCAGGCUUAACCAAUAUUUAUAUUGUGUGUGCACAGUAAUGACUGGUGUUUAGUCCUUCUGUUGUAUUUACCUGAAUAGAGAUGUGAUGGUUGUAACUCAGGGCUUUGGUUAGAUAUUUUUAAGUACAAACUCAGAAAUUUUUCUUACCUGUUUGCUGUUAGCUCUUGCCUCUUAAUAUAGGACAAAGGCAUGCCAGGGUGUUACAAGUGUUAGCAGAGGGAGAGAGAAUGGAAAAUAGCUUUAGGAUUAAUGAUGAAGCAGGGUAGGGAACAUUUCCGUAACUUCGGCCUGUCUGAAGAGACUCGUGUGUCACUUCAGAACAGUGCUUGGUGUUACGCUUCUAUGUGAGGAACCUGGUGGUCUCAACAGUGAGUUGGGCAAUUGGCAGAUACAGUGGCCUGCAACAGGAGAUCUUGUGGAUACUCUGGGCAACGUUAAAGCUGAUGUUUAGAAUUGCUUUUGGGGUAGUCCUAAACCAUCCUAAGCAACGUGAACUACCUUUCUUCUGUUACACGCUAUAGCCCAUAGCAAAGCUACCUGUAUAAUAGGCUUAGCUCUCUGACACAGCACCGCAGCACAUCCCGAUUCCCUCACGCUUUGCAAAAUGGAGCUCCUCUAGACUUGGACUUUGGGCUGCUGACUCUAUUUUCCAGCAUUAUAAAACUAAAAAGGUGAGCUGGGCAGGAAGGGAGGAUCAAGGAAGUAGGGCAGCAGUUUGCAUCCAGUGCCCACGCUGAAGGCGUGGCAGUGUUCAGCCAGGUUUCAGGCAGCAGAGUGGAGCAGGUCUGGCAGGUGAGUGACAGUGGCCGCAGCUCGUACUGGGAAACUCAGCUGAGAUUCUAGCCUCUGAGUGGGCUGUAGCUGGGUACAGUGUGGAGCAACUAACAGCCUACAAGGUCACAUACAUAUGAGCUUGAGAAAAUAAAGAUUGGCAUGAAUGCAGAAGGCUGGGGGUUCCUUGCUGUUGAUGUAGACCAGCACCUGUUGAAUGAUCUUGCUUCUGUCUUCCCCAAGCAGUAGGGAUCACUUUUAAACAGCUUAAGGGGAAACUUCUCCAAAAGAAUUGUUCUGAGGACUUGACAUUUCUGUAGGUGCUGGGAAAGGAAAAGCCAGAGAACUAGUCGCUGCUUGAGGCAAAAUGCUUACUUGAAUUGCAUAUUCUUGAAUAAUUACUCAUACAGUUUAUUACAGAUUCAGGUUACUUACAUGUUGUGUUAUGACUGUUGUUUCUCUGCCUAACGUACAAUCACGACCAGAGGAGUACCUAGCUGAUAUGCCCGUUCUCCUGGCACUGUUUGCUGCCAUGUGCAAUUCAAGGACGUACCUGAGGCACAGGAGACCUCUGCAUGUAUCCCUGAUGGGGAGCAGCAGGGAGAAGGCUGUUAGGAAGGACACGUUAAUUUUUAGCAUCUUACUGUGUGCUUGUAGGUGAAAACAAAGAGUUAUUACUAGAUUUUGCAGACUAUCAAUCACUCGGCUCCUUAUUUGGAACUACUUUCCUAAAUACGUUUAACAAGUGUGGAGCUGGGAGUCGUAAUGUUGAUUC